CCGUUGCUGUGGUGACGCUCCCAGGGCAGCGGCGGCGUUGCGGCGCUCUCGCCUAUUGCCGCAGUUUGUGGCUGCGGGGCCUCAAGGCGGAGGGCCGAUCGGCCUGCGUCCGCGGCGACCGGGAAGGUGUUGGCUCCGGCAGCAGGCUGGCUGCACGAGAAGUGAGUAGCCACUCUCCGCAGGUCGCGGAGACCCGCGGGGAACGGGUACGCAGAGGGGCGGACUACAGCUCCCAGCAUGUAGAGGGGUGGCUGCCCCGCCCUCCCGCAGGGCAGCGGCGGCAGCGGGCAACUCUGAAAGUAGAUAACAUGCUAUGGAAUGCAGAAUGUCAGAAGACACUGAACGAAUUGAAGAAGAAAUAGAAAUCAAACUAGGCAGAAUCAGUGUAUCUUCCUUUGAAGCAGAUGAUCCUAACGCAGAGGUAUCAGAGGAAGCUUUAAGUGACACUGACACAAUUUCAGAUGACUUGCCAGAAUUGACUGUCUCCUACUUAGACUUCAUAAAAAACAGAAAUCAAGAUGCUGAAAAGGUUAUACUGCAAGACUUAGAAGAUGAUGAAACUACAGGUAAAAAUUAUGAAGUAGUUCCUUGCCAUGCUUCAGAUCACUUGUCAGAGUUGGCUUCUGAAUAUAAUGAAGAUCUCGAAAAAAUUAAAGAAAGGGUACUAUUUGAAAUUGAAAAUGAAGAUUUGCAGAUUGCUACAAUACCUAGGUAUAACUGUCGGUCUACCAAUGAGGAAGUGGUCACUCAUGACCAUUUUGUUGCAGCUGAUGUUGAAAUGAGCAUAAGCCUUACUUAUCCUGAAAUAGAAGAAAAAUGUAGACAAGAAUUUGAGCAGUGGGAGAAAAGACAAAGUGAGCUUGAAGAUGAGAAGAGGAGAAAGUGGAAAGCUGAGAGGGAAGCACAGGAAAAAGAGAAUGAAGAAGAACAUGCCAGAAGGGUUCAGCGUCUGGAGAAAUUUGAGGCUGAAAGAAUGGAGUUAGAGCUUCUGCACAAGAGACAACAAACUGUGAUGGAAGUUGAAUUACAGAAGGGAAAGAAAGCUUGGAGAGACAAAAUGAUGCAACAUGAGGAAUUGAUCAUGAAGCUACAGUUGCAAAUGGAAGAGGAGAAAAAGGCCUCUGAAGAGCAGAAAGAAAAAGAAAGAAAACGCCUGGCAGAACAAAGGAAUACAGCGGCUGUGAAAAUCCAAGCUAGAUUCAGAACACUUUUAGUCCGUAAAAAAUAUGUUCCUAUCUUAAAAGAAUGGAAAGAUAGAAUACAAAAGGCAAAGAAAGCACAAGAAGAAAUUGAGAGAGAAAUUAAGGUAAAAGAGGAAAAAAGGAAAAGGCGAAUGGAAGAAAGGAGUCAAAAAAAAGAAGAGGAAAAAAGGAGACAAGGAAAACUAGAAAGAGAUAAAUAUUUGGAACAGGUAAGGAGACGUGAGGAAUAUGAGAAAAAGAAAGCAAGCCUGAGACUUGAAAGAGAAAAACAGCUGCAAAUAAGAAGAGAGGAACAGAGAAGAUCCACAGAAAAAAUAGCAAAAGCUAUGAUGAUGGAAACUGGAGAAAACAACAAAGAAAGCAUAAAAGAGGAACAGACAGAACAUAGGAAAGUAAUAAUAGAAGAGAAAAAGGAACUAAAUAAGCAAGUAGAGGAAAAAAAACAGACUGAACUGAUGGAUGAAACAAAUAAUUGGAUGAUUCCUACAAAAGGAAAAUUGAUACCAACAAAUAUGCUAAGCUCUGAGAAAAAGGAAGACUCUUCUCAAGUAAAUAACGAAAACAUACAUAUGCAUUCAGUAAUAUGCAUAGAAGAAAAUUACUCACAAACUAGAGAACUUAAAGCUUCAAGUGUGAAUCUUUUGAAGCAUGUAUCUAUUGAUUUUGGAGCUACUGACGUGGUAGAAAAUACAACCAAUGAUAUAUGCAGCAGUCCAUCAAACAUCCAGUCAAAUGCUGGUAACAGAGAAGUCAAAGAUAAAUGUUAUCAGUCUGGAACAACAAAGAAAUCUGUGUUUCUAGUGGAAGAUGCUAAUAAGGAAGUCAGGGAGAAAUGGGACACAAUUCGAGAGGUCACUGAUUAUUCCAAUAAACUAAUUCUGCCUGAUGAUAUUGAAAAAAAGAGAAUAAACUGGAUGAACACAUGUAAACCAUGGUAUAAAAUAUAUGAGGAAAACAAAAGAAAUAAAUCAAAUAUUAAAAAACGACCAAGGAAAACUUCAGUUAGCAAGAUGCCUCCAUUAAGUAUACAAAAGAUUAUGUAUAGCGGCCCUUGGAGUACUCUGCAGCAGGUCACAGAAAUAACACUUGAAGAUUUGCCAGCUUGUAGCCUCUCAACAUUGUCUGAGUGUUCAAAUCUUCAAGUUUUAACUCUGAGACGCUGUGGACUAGUUGCACUGGAAGGACUAAGUAGCUGCAAAGACCUGAAGUAUAUCAACAUGGAGGAAAACAGCAUUGAGAUGGUUGACUGUGAAAACCUAGAAAAUCUCUGUAUUCUGAUUCUGAAUAAGAACCAUAUUUCAUCAGUUUGUGGCUUAGAUGGCUGCAUAAAUCUCCAAAAUCUUGAACUUUCCUACAAUAGAAUCACUCGAAUUGGUGGUUUGGAGUCACUGAAAAACCUUCAGCAAUUAAAUGUGGAUCAUAAUCAAUUAAUCAGCACAAAAGGUCUCAGUGAAACAGCUACUCUCAUACACCUAGACUGCUCUUUUAAUCAUCUCACACAAAUUGAAGGCAUUGAGAGUUGUGGACUACUUCAAAUUCUGAAGUUACAAGGCAAUAACCUACAGGAGCUUCCAAGGCUGGAAAAUCAUGUUCUGCUAAGAGAACUAUAUUUGGAUGACAAUAGCAUUUCUGCUAUGAAAAUGCUUUCUUUGUAUUGGUUGCCUCUGUUGCAGAUUCUUUCACUGUCUCAAAAUAGUUUAACUGAGCUUGUGCCUUUAAAUUCAUUUGUAUCUUUGGAAAAGCUGGACAUCAAAAAUAACUGCUUGUCAGACCUUAAAAGUGUAAUUGCAUGGUUAAGUGGCUGCAAUAAUCUAAGGGAGUUGUCACUGAGUGGAAAUCCUCUCCUCCAAGAAAGGAAUUGCAAGCCUUCCCUAUGCAAGGAACUUCCUAGUUUACAAUUUCUUGAUGGUGAAAACUUAAACUAUCAUACUUUAACCACAACUGAAAGAAUCAAAAGAUCAGAAUCAAGAACUUUUCUGGAACUUUGUCAAGUUCAAAUUGAAGAAAAUGUUAUACUGAAAAACAAGGCUGUUGAACUCGGAAUUGCCUCUUCCAUUGAUGCUGCACAGAGACAAUGCUGGUAUUUUAAUCAGUUGAUGAAACUUAGCAUUGAACAUCGAUGUGCGCAUGAGUAUGGUGAACUAAACGUUACUGACAGAGAUAGACCAGAAGCACUGCAAAAUCAUUUAAAGCAAACAUCCACUGGCUGCCUACAGGAAAAUAACCUCUUUAUCAUGGGUGCGACAGAAAAUAAACAGGUCUUGUUGGAUCCUUCUGAAAGAUGGAUUACUACUGGCCAUAUUAAGGCCACAUUCAUUAACUCCUCCAUACCUGUGCACCAAAAGGAAAAUAAGGAAGAUCAUAGAGUGAAGCAGAAGAACAUUGAAUCUUGUAUUAAUUACAGUGAGGAGAGCAAAGGCAACAAUAACAUGUCAGCCCAGCUCAAAUUGCAACAGUCAAUUAUAUCAAGUAAUGUGGGAAGAGAUCUUCAGCAUUUUGAUAAUGAUACAGAAAGGCUGCAUAUGGCAGCAUCAGCGAUCCAGUCCCUUUGGAAGAAGUACCAUGCCAGGAGGAAAACUAACUGCACCAAAACAAGGAAUAAUCAUUUUACAGAGGUUUCAAGAUGGAAGAAUGAAGCUGCCACUCUAAUCCAGGCAUCUUGGAAGGGCUUUCUUUUGCGAAGGAAACUGGCCAGUGCUCUUGCAGCUGUUAAAAGAGAUGAAGUGGAGGAUGAAUAUGAAGAAAUAAAUGUGGAUGAUUUCAUGUUUUAUGAAGCUGCAUUAGAAAAGGAAUGGCUAACUCUAGAUUCCACACGUUUCACUUCAAAAACACUCCUGUUCUCAAACCAGCUGCACUGGCCAAAGAAGUAUUCUAGGCCCUUAAAUUCCAGUGAACAUUCAAAUAGUUUGCAGUUGUCACCACAAGCACUUUGGCAGUGUGUUGACAGACCACAUUUAUAUUCACCAGAAAAUCUCCACUUUCAUAGAAGCUCAGAGAAGGGAACGGUGUCACAGCUCUUCGACUUGAAAGAAAGAAAGAAAUUUUCGUACAGGUCUGGAAAAGAAGAAAAAAUUUCAGAAGAAUGGUAUGUUAAGCUUCAGUAUUCUGCUUGUUCCAGAAAUAGGGGUUUUAAAGACAUUUCUACUGCACAGCUAAUGCUGAAGAGGGCUCAUAAAAUGGAACCCAGAAAGUACAGUAGUAAGAAAGUAGACCCAGCUGUGUGCCUGGCGUUGUUCAAAAACAAUGAAAAUAAACAUCUCCAUGUGAAACCACCAAGGAAGACAUGGCCUGCAAAUGCUGGUUACUUUGAAGGUGAAAAAGAAGAAUUUUCUCAGCUGGAUACUACUUUAGAUGAGAAAUUACAAAAGAGAAAAGACUUUACAUACCAAUGGCUUCAUACACAGCUUUCAGAUUAUGAAGCAGCCAGUUCAAAAAAUACUAAGAGCUGUUCUUUUUUGCCUGAGUUGGAUCCUGUGAUCUGCAACAGUGGACAAGUACAACUUAUGGCAAGCCCUGUAAGCAGAGAAGACACGGAUUUAGAUCUUGUUUCCAUGGCCAGUGGAAGUGCUUUGACUAAGAACAGAGAAAAAAAUAAGCAGCCACACAGACACUCAGCAAGAUCUUCAAAAAAGAAUGUAUCUACACCAGAAAAAUCACAUCUGGGUCCAUCUUGUAGAGAAUGGAUAUCUUUUCGAGACCAUCCAGUGCAGCUCAGCGGAGGAUGGGGAACAGGAAAAAAGAGGCAAAAGGUUAAAAAUACUGAGAGAGAGUUGGGAAGGAUAAUGUGGCUUGAAAAUUCAGUCAUUACAGAAGAUAAAUUCUUAUGUUGUGUCUUCAAAACGUACUUAAGUUUCAUGAUAUUAUUUUGUGAGGUGCUUUUAUGUGCUAAUACAUACAUGUGACUUGUUUCAAAGAAAUUAUCUCAAUUUUUGUGAAUAUUCACAUCUAUUUUCACAUUCAAGAACAGCUGAUACCAUGCAAAACCUCCAGCAUUGCAGUUGAUAUCAUUCAAUAACUUUGCUCAUUCUUAUCAUAGUCAUAGACUCAUUGAAUAUAUUGGAAGAGACCCAAAGGAUCAUUGAGUCCAACUCAUCAUGACUCCACACAGGACAACCUAAGAAUUGAAACAUAUUUCUGAGAGUGUUAUCCAAACACUUCUUGAACUCUGUCAGGCCCAGUGCCAUGACCACUUCCCUGGGGAGCCUGUUCCAGUACCUGACCAUCCUCUUGGUAAAGAACUUUUUCCUGAUAUCCAAUGUGAACAUCUGCAUCUUUAAACCAUUCUCUUUGAUCCUUGUCACCAGUGAGCAGAAAAAAAAGACAUGAGCACCUCCUUCCCCACUUUCCUUCAGGAGGAAGUUGUAGACUAUAAUGAGGUCACUCCUCGGUCUCCUCUAAGCUGAAUAAACUAAGUAUUCUUACUGACUCCUCGUAAGUCAUACCCCCUGGUCCUUUUGUUGCCCUUCUUUGGACACAUCCUUUUUAUAUCCUAUUAAUGUGCAUUUUUUUGUUAUCAUUUUAAUUUGAAAAGCCAGUGCAGCAUACUUCAGAGAAGAUUUCAUACCCUUUUAGAGGAAUGUUGAUCAGCACAGUUCCUUGUCCUGACUGUGGAAAUUCUGUUGUCUUCAGCAGAAUAUAAAAUGUCAUUAGAUGGUUCUGCAGUCUAGUUAGGUUCCCAAGGUAUGUAGCAAGUGUACUGCAUACUUCCAGUAUUCUAAAUUUCUAAAUCUGUUGUAUAAUACCUUUUAAAAAUCACCCCCAAAGACUGCAGCUUUUGUCAUUUCAAUUGUGUCAUUACGGAUAUUAGUUUUGAAAGAAAGCUUUGUUAGUUCAAAAUGUUUGCCAUUGUAUGUGGCAGUGUGGUCAGUAAAUAGAUCCACCACUAUUACGGGUUCUAACUGGAUAUCAAAAUGCAAAAUCAAGCAGUUUACAAUUCAACACUCCUUGCAGAAUGUUCCCUCUAUUUAGACUGUGCAUAAUAUACUGCACAUCAAUGCAACUGAUGCAAAGUAAAACAAGGAUAUUUGUUAUUCAGAUUUCAUAAAUGUUAGAUUCUAUAAUAAAAAUAUACUUUACAAAAGUUUUCAUACCUGAUCUCUUUUGCUUUCGAGGUGUUUCUGGAUGAGAAAUACCAAGCCUAAGUAAAAUGUUUUGGCAACAUUUUUAAAGGCAUUUUAUUUUGAAAAGAAAAGGUAGUAGCUUUAUAACAUACAACUUACUAAAUUACAAGUUGGAGUGACAAGAUUUGCUGACAUGCCUUUUGAGUUUCAUAAUAUGCUUAGUCUGCUAUUCCAUAAAUUGAUAUUGUCAUGAAUACGUUAAGUAGCAUACCUAACAGAAAUUAAGUUACAAUGUAUGCCAAAAUAUACAGUUGUUUUCAUUAGAUAAUAUUGGAAUAUGUAAUAGGAUGUCUUGUUAUUAUAUCCACUAAAUUUUUAAGAAUUGCAGUGUUGAAAGUACAGUGUGUCUGGUAAACUAUGGGUAAAAGUCCAAGGUGCAAUUUCUGUUUAAACUAGCAGAAAGACCAUUAUUGUUUUCAGGACCAAGGUGAAGCACCCUUAAAUGUGGGCAAAUGUCUGUUGCUCUUACACCUUACAGCAUGUAGGGGCAGAGGUAACAUGAAUGCUACACCUGGUGAUAUAUUUAUGACAUGACUACUUCAAGCAGCAGAAAGCUGUUUUAUGCUUUCUUUUUGUCUCCCUUAUAUUUUCUAUUUUCU